AUGUCUUCCCCUCUUAUAAGAACUGAAGCAGAGAAAAUUAUUCCUACCUGUAACGACAAUGAAGAGGUACUAGAUUAUUUGAAGGAACUUUUACAGCCUGGUAUCCGUUAUAUUAAUAAUAUCGAAUAUUUCAAACUUACAUUGCUUUCAUCACCUCCAUUACAAAUAGUCCAGCAAUCAAUACCUUCUCAAGAUGCAGUUGCCGUGGAUCCAGUAAUUAACGAACCAUCACUUUCAUCUGAAAGGGUUGAGAAGCGUUUUCAGGUAAGAAUGUGUCAUUCUGAAUUCCUUCGCCACUAUGCUAUCGAAGAACCCGAAAAAUCUGAGAAUAAUUUACAAACUGCUGAAGCUACCGAAGAAUCAGAAAAAUCUGAAAAUAAUUUACAAACUGCUGAAGCUAUCAAAAAGACGUAUAUUGGUGAGCUCCCUAAUAAUCCAGUUGACACUCACUUACCCGAAACUGCUUCUGGUCUCCUCCGUUAUUACGAACUUUGGAACUGUCACUAUACUAAAUGGCCGGGCCUCAACGAGUAUUCUGAUCAUUUACGUGAUAUCAGCAAAGAUCGCGUACACCAUUCGUUUAAAAAAGAAAUCGAAGUAUUACGCACGCUGUUUGCAAAUGAACAUCCAGCUCAUCUUCGUCUUACACAACUGGAAAGCCAGCUAAAGAUGCGCCAAUCUGCAAGAAUGAUAAAGAGAACAACUAGAAAACGAGUAGCCGACGCAACAAAACUACUUGCCAAAAAGGUGACCAUAAAAAAGGAACUAGAAAUUGAGGAGGAUAGAGAUUCUGCAAUUGUCAAUGGAUAUCGUCGGAUCAAUAAACAUUAUGACAAUUUUCACGAAGCAAGUACACAAUUAGUUAAGCGUAAGCUAUUGGCCGAUAAUGAUUCUGAUCAUGGAAAAAUAGAAGUAGAGGAUUUAAAAAGGUGUCGACAACAAUGA